GCAAACAGAGUCGCACAAAAGCCGCAUCAGAAACCAGAAGUUGCAGGAAAUGCUUUGUGUGGGGCCUUCCAGAGGAAUAAUAUAGAAACUGGUUGAGAGUUAAUCGGAAUAUUUGAGUGUGUGGCUAUAUGAGGAGUUACUUGGAUGGAAGAGACAGCAACAAACAGGUUUUCUUUCUCAGAAGAGACUAAGGUUUUUCAUGUGACAACCUACUGGUAAGAAGGUUCAUCGGAAGAGCUUGCUAAAUGGAUAGAUAUUGGGAAUGGAUUUGGCUGGCUUUCAGCCUUUUAGUCUUGCUAACAGAUACUGGGUUUGGCUACUCCAUCAUAGAAGGUCCCAGAAAUUUAACAAUUCUUGCUGGUUCAGUGGCUCAUUUUAACUGUACAGUGUCAGAAGGGUAUAAGAUUUUGAUAUGGCUUUUCAAUGGAACCCCUAUAUUGACUGUACUGGGUAACGGAACACCUGUUAUAACAAAUCCGAAAUACAAUCAGGAUGGUUUUCAAAAUGGUACUGAGUUCACCUCCGGACUCAAGAUUUUUGAUGUCCAGCUACAUGAUUCUGGAGAAAUAAAAUGCAGCCUCCAGAACUUUCAGGAAGAUAAAUACGCAUUUCUUUCUGUUCAAGUUAAUGGAUCUUUGACUAUCAAACCUGGCAACUUGACAGUAAGAGAGAACCAAACAACUGAGAUAAUUUGUGAAGCUCUUGGAUGGGCUCCUGCUCCACAGAUUUCCUGGAUGGUAAAUAAUAUUACAUUAGAUAAUUCCAUGUACAUUACCAACCAGAGUCAAGGAUCAAAUGGCUUGUACAAUGAAGAGAGCAUCUUAACCCUGACACCAGUGACCAAUAGCACUGUGACUUGCUUUGUUGCUAUAGAUGCACUCCCUGAGCCACAGAAUGCAACUGUGACACUUACUGUGUAUCAACCUCCUUCAAUAGCAGGCGAUGACGGACGAACUCGAACUAUAAUUUUAGCAGUUGUAUUGUCAGUUGUUGGUUUCCUCCUCCUGAUCCUUAUUAUUCUGCUUAUUAUCUGCUGCUGCAAAAGAAGGAAAGACUCCAAGUAUCAAGAGGAGAUGAGAAAGGCAUCAGAAAAGAAAAAUGCUGAUAGAAAUUUGGAGACAGACAGACACAGUGGACAAGAAAAUUAUGCAUACAGUCCAGAGGAAACUAGGCGUGCUGGGCAAAUGACAGGAGUUCCCUCUUUCUCCCCAGAUAACUCUAGCCUGUAUGCUCCAGACGGGGAUUUAGACGUGAAUCCUGCAUCACAGAUCUCACCACAGUUUUCUAGCUCAUCACAGUCUCUUCAACGUAUCUCCCCUGCCCCAUCUUUUCACAACGUUAAUCGACGUUCACAAAAAGGCGCAGCACAGCAAUCCCGGGCUAUUCCUACAGUUCGAUUCAGGAGCGUCUCUUCAAAGUCCCACAAAUCCAGGGCUCCCCAGCUACGUGUUUCAAAAUUGCACCCCCAUAUUUACCGAUCUGAUGGCAAACGUCGCCACACCAGGAAGGUGUACCCUCAAAGGUGGCAAUCUGGUGGCCAGCAUAGAUACACGAGGAGGCCAACACACCAUCCUGAACAAUCAAAGGCCCAAGAUACUCAAACCCACCAUUCCAGAAAGCAGCAUUUGCCUCACAGAGGACAACAGAAGGAGAGUCCACCUCGACAAAGUGAGCCUCACUCCCAGCAGAGACUGCAAGAAUUCCAGAGAAAACAAUUAUAUCCAGACACCAGGACAAAGGUGCUCAGAGUUCAGCCUCCCCCAUAAAGGAAUUACUAUUAUUACUGAUGAUGAUGGGGAACCAGAAGUCCACGCCCAGCACAUCUGAGGUCUCUGCAUAAUAUUUGGACCAAGAAUCCCCCAAUGUCCAUAAAAGUAGUUUAGGGUGCAAUCCAAACUUCCCAAACAGGUGGACGGGCAGAAGUGGACUCGUGGAUUUCCUGUUAGUGUCUGCAGUGGAAGCCAGCAGAAAGCCCUCGGAUGGGGUGUUUCAUGGAUGGUUUGAACCACCUGGGUUCAACUGGAUCCUAGGUUGCCCCACUGCCAUCAAAUGACAACAUCAGGCCCAAUCCAGACCUGAUUGCUGCACCACCUCCAAGCUGACACAGCAGCUUUCCUGCCUUAUCUUCCACCAUUGGAGCCAACUCCUAGGAGCCAAGAUGUCUUUGCUCCCCCCCCCCAUAAAAUAUUUGAGGGAGCCAGGCUCCACCCAAGUUGAUGGGCAUUGCUAUUCAAAUGGAGUGUGUGCACCACGUCAUCUGAUUGAUUAUGUGAGGCGGGGCUUCCCUGGGCCACCCAACAUUUUAUUCAAGUUGGCACCCCUGUCUUCUACUCCAUCCAACAUAUGUGACAGGGCUGUGGAAGCUCCACUGAUCAGCGGUUAGGGAUAGGGUUGUGCUCUUACUUUUUAUUAUUAUUAUUAAGCAGAGUUACUGGUUUUUUUUUGCAACUUUUGAAUAUCUUCACAAUUGUGGAAAUGUGAACCACAUACUUUGUAAUUCUAUGCCCACUUACCUCAAUAAGACUUGCUUACUUACUCAAUGGGACUUAUUUCUGAUUGUACUGCUGUUCUUUUUGCCAAGAACAAAUGAGAUUGGAUUUUUUAUUUUCCCCAUCUUUGAUUAACAAACUGGGUCCUAUGAAUGAAAAUAUGCUUAUUUUUCUGAGAUGUCUAAAAACAAGUGAAAUGAGUAGGGAAAAUUCCCAUUGAAUUCCACAGCAUUUAUGUCAUGCUUUAGGACUGUAGCUAAUCCUGAAAAUUUGAUGACAUUGCAUUUAAAAUUGAAAUAUAAAUUUGCUAAAUGAUGUAAACAAAAUGCCAUGGUAAUUUCUGGGAUCAAAAUUAAUGUUUAUACAUGUAUUUCUGUCCUUUAUUAUUAUUAAUACAUUAUAUUAUUUAUUCCAUUUAUAUCCUGCUUUUCCAUCAUGGGCCUAAAGGUGGCGAUCAUGUAAUUACAGGGGCUAUUUUCUCUCUCUACAAACAAUAAAUAAGAGAGCCAUUAGAUAACCAAAUCCCAAAUUAAAAAGCAUUCAAAAUGUUUGCCAGAUAGAAUUAGAAAUACAUCCACUCUGUUGUCCUAAUGAAUUUAUAACAUAAAACAAAUUAGACAAGUAAUUAAAGGAGAAAUUAAUGCAGUAAAAGGAAAAUGGAAUCAUGAGGCUCAGUCACUUUUGUAAAUGGGCCUAUUAGGAUUUAUUGAAUGAAGGAGAAAAUAGCUGACAAGCAAAAUGAGGAGGGUGGGGGAAGGAUCCAAAAUCUCUUUGUGCGAGGACCAGAAGGGAUCCAGUACGAAUGGAGCAGGCAAGAGGAAGACGAAGGUGGCAUAAUUCUCUUGAGGGACAUAUUUUGUUAAUUCAGUAGAGUGAUGGGAGUGUCUUGCUUAUUGUCCAUUAAUUAAUUAGUUCCCAACUACUGGUUAAAGCCAGAUGGUCCACUAGACAAACAUAAAUGUAAAGGACCCCUGGAUGGUUAAGUCCAGUCAAAGGCGACUACAGAGUUGCGGCACUCAUCUCGCUUUCAGGCCGUGGGAGCCGGCUUUUGUCCACAGACAGCUUUCCUGGUCAUGUGGCCAGCAUGACUAAACCGCUUCUGGCACAACGGGACACUGUGACAGAAGCCAGAGUGCAUGGAAACGCCAUUUACCCUCCUGCAGCAGCAGUACCUAUUUAUCCACUUGCACUGGCGUGCUUUCGAACUGCUAGGUUGGCAGGAGCUGGGACAGAGCAACGGGAACUCACCCCAUCAGGGGAUCUGAACCGCCGACCUUCUGAUUGGCAAACUCAGUGGUUUAGACUCCAGUCUACUGAGGGGGCAGUGUGUUGCCAUUAGUUAGAAAUGCCACUGCUGCACCAAACCCAGAAAAGAUGGGUCACCCUGUGGCCAAGGGAAAAGAGGAGAAAUCAACAUGCAAGGAGAGGUGAAUGCAGGGGGCAGAAAGAGCGAGUGGAACCAGAAGGGGAGAAGGGAGUGAUUAUUUAUGCUAAGCAGGUGCCUAUGGACAGUGCAGGUAAUGUAGCUUUCCAACAUAGGUUUAUGCUGUUUGCAUUUGAAAGAUCAGCCCUCAGAAUUUUGGCUAUGUAAGGGUCAGGACCAGCCAUGCCAUUAGGCAGAAUGCUGCAAUCACCCGAGGCAGCAAAUGCCUUCUGCCCACCAUUCUUCUUGAACUCCUUGCCCAUUUCCCUCUGGCAAAGAGCAGGGGUGUGUCUGCCACCCAACCUGUCCUGCAUUCCCUAAGCUACUGAAAUCUUCUAAGUUUCACCAGUUGGAGGAUGCUAUCCCAUUGUCUGUGCUGGUCAGCGUCUACACAUGGUGAUGGUAAAAUGGACAUCUUUACUGCAGGCAGCAAAUAUCUUUGGCUGGUCCUGGUAACGAUCACUGCUAUUGUCUCAACAAAUUAUGGGUGAGAAGCUGAGGAAGAGAGAGGGAAUGUUUGAAAAGGAACAAAAAUAUUGAGUUACCAUCUAAUGAAAAGUCUAGUGAAAACGUUGCCAGCAAUUGACUUUACAAUAAGGAUGAAUCAAGGCAGAAUAGUGUAUUGAUAAAUGAAGGACACUGGUAAUUAAAACUGGAGAGGGUACAGUUAUACUAAAAGCAGUUGCAAUGAGAAGAUAUCUGCCCACCCUGUCCCAGGAACAAAAAGUUAAAUGUUUGUCUUAGAUAAGGACACAAUGGUGGUGAAAUGUCAUGGUUUGCAAGGAGACUGUUCUGCACCAUACAGUAUCAGCUGGGUGGAUGUUGUGAUCCAGUUCUUAAUGGAUUUAGAAGGAAAAUAUGUUUCUUUUUUAAAAGAUAAAUAAAUAUUAGUUU